AUGAUGGGCCGGGGCAAGGGAGGGCGGGGUCGACCGCCAACAGCAGCGCCAGACCCCGCUACAGGGGCCGUGUGGCAGCAGCGUGUGCAUGUGUCCGUUGGGGAGAGCCGGGAGGGCGGGAGGGCGGCCGAGCUGGCAGGCAGGCAGGAUAGGCGUACGACCGAGUUUGAACGGCACUCGACCUUCACUUCCCACGGAAAAGUUCUCAAGGCUUCAUUCAUUCCCGACCCCUUAUUGAAGAAUAUCAGGCGAUCUAAUCUAGUUUCCUUACCAUAUGCUGCGCGUGGCUGGCCUUUGCUAGUGUGCAUUAUUAAGGACAACCUCCUUUUGAUGUUGCGCCUCCAUCGUUUCCAAGGAAGAACUUACCGGCCGCUGUGUCGCUUUGUGCGAAUCGAGGGCAUUCGCGGAUCUUGGGACUGGGAGAACGGCUUGUCCUAUGAGUGCAGAACACUUCUUUUUAAGGCUCUGCAUAACCUUAUUGAAAGAUGUCUGCGAACCCGGGACUUCGUCCGGCUGGGGCGUUGGUUUGUCCAACCCUACGAAGGCCCGGAGGGUGUUCCUGGCAACAGGAGUACUCACCUGUCAUUCAGUCUGUCAUUCUUCGUCCAUGGCGAAAGCAUUGUAUGUGCCAGUGUGGACGUUCGGCAACACCCACGUGUCCGACGGCUCACGCGGCGACACCUGCUUUUAGCACAGCAGUCAAAUCAUGGCAUACCAGUUAUAUUGGGGCCAUAUGGGUUGAGUGGCACCUUGACUGGUGUGAGUUAUCGGCUGUCUGAGCCAUCAACACAGAAGCUGUUGGAUGAGUGGAGACAAUUCUUUCCUAUUGAAACAAAGGCUUCACAGGGAGACUCCCCAGAACCCACUAUGCCUGCAGCCGUUGAGGUUAUUGUGGGUGGCCACAAAAUGCGUUAUCCAACAUGUUACACAUUAGUGACAGACAUGGAUGACUACUUAAUGGCAAGUCGUGGUGGGACAGUUGUGAAUACCAAUACUGUUUCUCCUGGAGCUAUGAAAGGUGGGCUUACAAAUGAUAACACCCCAGAGGGUAGUGACGGGACGAGCCUUCCCUCACACAAUUCCCCCUUCACUGCCUCGAUUCACACCUUACUAGCCCCCGGGUACUUGAGCUCUGGGGGACGAGGCCUCGGUUGGUCACGGGAGAUGUGUGAGCGUGUCUGGCAAGACAUAGUCCAGUGUCCAGGCCAGCAGCCCCCGGCACAGAGCGAAGGACUGACACCAGAGGGGACCUUGAACCCUUCUGAAAUUGCUGGCCAGUGGGACUUCUCUGACCCUGCAACGAAGAUCAGCUGCUCCUGCGCCAAGUGCAGAAGGGGUCGGGUCAGUAGUAAAGGGUGUAGCAGCAGUAAGGGCCGCGGGGAGAGAGGUGGUGGGGGAGGCGGGCGCCAGAGGGGGGGCGGCAGCAGCAACUCCAACUCUGGCUGCAUCCCCUUCCACAAGCGGUCUCCCCCAGCCCCACUACCCUCACCCGACGAAGUGGUCCUGGACCAGUGUGGCGUGACGGCCAUCGAGGAGUCGGGACUAAUGCAGGCCGUUGCCAGACUGGGUGGUGCUGCAACACCUAGUGGAGGCAAUGGAGCUGGGAGUUUUGGAGGGUACAAGAGCGGUGGCGUGACAACCCCAGGUAGUGUACCCAGUCUCCGGCUGACUGGAGUUGCGGAUGGCCCUCCUCCAUCUGUAGAAUCUCCAGCUUCUGCCCUUCCAUCUCCACUCCCUACACCUCAGCCAGCCUCUGUGCCUCAUCAUGAUCCCACCAUGCCAACUUUGAGUCCCCAUCCACCCCCAUCCAAUACAUCAGUGGGUGAUCCAACAACCCCUGCUGCUCUUGAUUCAUUGGAUGUGAAACCAAAUAUUGCCGAUUUGAUGGGCCCCAAGUCCAUAUCAUCUCUCAACAAUCAGGGCAUGUCUCCUUAUCCUGGAAGUGAGAGAGGCAAUGGUGUGGAGUCAAAUGAGACCAGCAGUAGCCUGGGAGGUGGGGGAAGUAAUAGCAGCAGUCUGCCUAGGGGACUAAAGCGGCCAUCCCUGCCAGGCACAGACUACCAUUCUAUACUAGAAUUGGAAAAACCUAGUACCGUCCUCUAUGACUACUCCAAAUUAAAUGCAUGGUUGCAUCAUCCAGUGAAGAAAUUUAAACCAGCUGAACCCAAAGCAGAGGAACCUCUGUGGCCACCAUAUAGACCUGCACAUAUCCAAGAACACAUGGAAGUCAUCCAUCGUGCAGAACCAAGCCAAGAGAUUCCUGAAGUGAAUGGGUUACCUGCAAAGCGUCCUGGUGGCAUAAAGAGACAGGCUGACCCAUAUGACUUCGAUGAUGACAUAGGCACGGGCACUACCCCAGAAACAUUCAAACGGAAAGAUGGCUUUGAUAAGGAGGAGACCAAGACCCCUGGGAGUGUCCGUUCUUCCCAUGAUCCUCAGUCCCCGCUGCAACCAAAGAGAACUGGAAAUCUUUAUACAAGUGAAGGGCUUCAAGCCUCACUAUCAGAUUUGGAUGUCAUGUUUGAUUCUGAUUCUCCAGUGGACGAUGUCGCAUUCCCUGACCAUACUCCACCUGGUUCUAACAAACCCCUGGGAGGUCCUGAGGAUACAGCUGCAGUUUUGAACAACAAGAACAAUGCUAGUGGUAACAAGACCAGUGUUAACACAAGCUUAGUGGAGUUGACAAAAAUGUUUCCAACACCUCCCUCCCAUGAGCAUAACCCAGACCAUGACACCACCAUGGAGGAUGCUGUGCCACAGGUCAUUAGCAUCAAACAGGAGCGAGUGGAUGAUCUUAGACCACUUCAUUCACAGGAGCAGGCAAACCUGCCCGCUAAAGACGAACCGAAAGAAAUGUUGGCUGUUUAUCGGCCUCCCACUCUUUCAAUGUUUGUUGGCUCCCGCAAGUAUGCUCCACUAACUAACCUACCAAGUCAGGAGUAUAAAACAAUUGUGACACUUCCUCCUGAUUGGGCUUACAAACCUUCAUGGCAGUUCCCAGUUGCUGAGAAGCCCCACGGACCAGCUCCUACAUUGGGCCACAUGGGUCCUCUCCAUGGAGGUCCUCCAUCAACUGGACAAACACAGAAGGUGGGCUUGUCUCCCAUCUCACCCAUAACUUCAAGUUUGGGUGGGCCAGUGUCAGACAGUGGCCCAGGGUCUCAGCGUGGGCCAGGCAGUGUGGGAGGCCCAGCUUCUGCAGGACCACCCAUGAAUUAUGAGCUACCAUCCCCUGCAUCCAACCAGUCAUCUUACCUCAACAAGACACUGCCAUCAGUAGAGCCACCAAGCAUGGGGCUUAGCCAAGUACCUGAAGCAAAUUCCCUUAUUGUUAACAUCGCUCUGCAGGACUCGAGCGUCAACUUGUUCAGAGAUCACAACUUUGAUUCGUGCACAAUGUGUGUCUGCAAUAACAACCAGAAAAUUGUUGGAAAUAUCCGUGGAAAGGAUGGAGCUCUAUAUUUACCACCUACCCAUCUUAGUUUAGAAGAAGAAAGUGCAAGUUGCAGUUGUGGUUUCUCUGCAGUAGUUAAUAGAAGGUUGGCCUUUCAGGCUGGAUUAUUUUAUGAAGAUGAAGUGGAUCUUACUGGCCUCCAUGAGGCUUUGGUCAAUGAGCGUAAAAAGCAGUCUUUACUCAUGCUGAUGGACAAUAAGAAUGCAGACAAUCCUGAACGUGAUACCAGUAUUCUAGAUCAGAUACCUCAGUCUAUGUACCAGCUGUUACAAAGCCAGUGCUUAGUAACUUUAAGUACUCCCUCUAGUGUCAUUUAUAGAUCAACAACAGUGUACCAAAAUAAUAGACGAGACAUUAUGCUGAACUUAGUGGAUUAUAAAGAUGGUAAUGAGAUUGCAAGCUUGGCUGUAGAACAGUCACGAGGUGUUAAUGUGGGUGAAGGUGAAGUGAACUCCUCUUCAACAAGACAUCAGUGCAUGCAUAAGUGGUGCUACUACCAGUUCGAUGGUCCCACAUGUUCUAGGGACAUAGUGCGUUGUAUGAAGGCCCUCCAGCCUCACCUACAAGAGGCCAUACAAAAGAAGGGAAGAUGGGUGAACUUAUUUAGUGUUGAAGGGCCCCUCACGUGGCGCCAGUUCCACCGUAAGGCUGUUAGAGGCAAUGAGGAUAUUGCUGAACCAUUGCCUAUUCCUAUGUUAUUGACAGGCCAUGACCGAGACUGGUUGUCCAUAGCACCACAAUCCCUUAGACACUGGGAAAAAUUACUUCUUGAACCAUACUCUCAGCAGAGGAAUGUGGCAUAUGUUGUGGUUGCUCCUGAUAAUGAAUUUAUACUCAAUCACGUGCGCACAUUCUUCAAGGAGUUGUCAUCUAUAUAUGAGUUGUGCAAGCUUGGUCGUCAUGCCCCUAUACAACGAGUCCUGAGAAAUGGCAUAAUGAGGAUAAGCAAAACUGCAGCAUCCAAAGUAGCAAAUGAGCCAUUGGAGGAAUGGUUCUCCCUCUUGGGUGACUCCCAUGUGUCCACCAACCUCAAAGUUUACGCACAGGUUUGUCGGUACUGGUUGGCCCCACACCUAGCAAUGCUUAGCAUGGACAAGAGUCUCUUUGAAGCACCAGGACCCAACAGACCUGCAGAGAGGCAAGCUCCAUCACCAAUGCCUCCUCCAUCAUCAGAAAACAUGGGGAGCACCAACCCCUCAACAACACCCACAUCAAACUCAGAGCCGGAGUCCUUCUCCUCCUCUUCCUCAUCUUCAUCUUCGUCUUCGUCUUCAUCGUCCUCCUCCUCCACAUCCACCUCAUCAUCUUCUGCAACUUCUACCUCUGGCACACAGCCAGGUAACAUCCCUCUGGGUGCAAGCCUAAAUGAAGUAGAGGAAGACGACUCCCCUCCUCCAGCCAUUCUUGUCUACUUGGUGGACCCCUUCAAUGUUGGGCAAGACCACCCUGACAUGCACCGCUUGGUCACCUUAGGGUUGCUCCGCUGCUAUGAACACAUGCUGGAGGGGUUGACUGAGAGCAUGCAGAAUAAUGUGUAUCUCCAGAUUGUCUCAUUGGAGAGUAUACUGGAGUUGGCCAGUGACUCACAUGACCGGUCCCACCACAUAGACCAGCUCAAGAGUCUGGCCUUCUCAGUGUUCAUGCAGUGCAGAAGAACUUUGACUCAUAAUGCAACAGUCAAGUCCCUAACAGGUUUUGGACCUGCUGCUGCUUAUGAUGAUUUCCUCAAGCCUAAGGAAGCCAGUCUUGCAGCAGAGGAAAAGAGGCAGGCUCCUUACCACAUAUUCUCCCCUGCAUACAUUGUUGCCCCCAUCAAAGAGAGUCGUGGUACAUAUAAGGAGGCACAGGAGGCUCUCGGAGCUCCACGUGAAAAGUCAACCAUCUUGAACUGCACCUACUGCCUGUCUGAAGAUCAGAGGUGGCUCCUAGCAACAGCCACUGAUGAAUUAGGGGAAAUUUUAGAGACUGUAACAAUCAAUAUAGAAAUUCCAAAUAGGACGAGAAGAAAGAAAGCUUCUGCUCGUCGUUAUGGCUUGAAGAAAUUGAUGGAUUGGAUACUUAGUGUGAUGUCUAUUGGUGUACAUCCCUGGCGCCUAGUCGUAGGUAGGCUUGGUAGAAUGGGCCACGGAGAAUUGAAAGGCUGGUCUUCCCUCCUGUCAAAGAAAUCUCUCAUACAGGCUAAUAAGAACCUGAGAGAAAUGUGUAAGCAGUGUGCAUAUCUGUUCCCUGGAGAUGCCCCAUGCAUCCUAUCUGCAUGUCUGGUUGCUAUUGAGCCAGAUUCAUCAUUCAGGAUGAUGCCAGAUAUGUUUACACCAGAUGAGAGAUUUGGACAGAAUAGCCAGAACUGUAGCCUGUCAACUCCACAAGAUCUCACUUGUACACAUAUACUGGUCUUCCCAACUUCUGCUACUGCUCAGUCAGCACAGCAGAGAUUCCAGGAGGAGACCACUUUCCACUUUGAGGGUAAUGGGUUGUUAUUAGAUGACGAAGAUCUAGAAAAUGAUAUAGGUGGUAGUAUAAGUGACAUUGGCAUGAGCAUGGGACUCAACAUCCAGGAUAUCCUUGGACUUGACACCGGGCCUAACCAGGAUGACCAGUUAGAAGAUGGAGGUGGACAAAGAGACUCCCUGUCCCAGCCUGGAAGUCCCACAGCUGGAGUUGGUGGUCGAACUAGUCCCUCACAGUUUUCUGGUCAAGCGCGUAGCAAUGGUAUAGUCCUGGUUGACCCUGAAGAGGAUUCUGGCGGUUCAGUGUUACAACAGCCCUUGGCUCUUGGUUACUACGUCUCCACUGCAUCCACGGGUCGGCUGCCGAGAUGGUUCUGGUCGUCCUGCCCUCACCUUGAAACAUCCUGCCCAGUGUUCCUUAAGUCAGCCCUCCAUCUUCACUCACCUGGAAUUACACAGUCUGAAGAUUUGAUCAUGAACACUACAAAUAACAAGGUCCACCCAUUGGAUUCUUCUAUCACCACUGAUGUCCUUAGAUUUGUCCUGGAAGGGUACAAUGGCCUCUCAUGGCUAGUCCUGGAUCCUGCCAAACAAGACAGAAGAUCUUGCCUGCCAUUACACAUGCAAGUUCUGUCUCAUCUGUACAAUGUGAUGGCAGCCCUUGUGUAACUACUGCUCUUCUGCAAACACCAAAAAAAAAAGAAAAAAAAAAGAAAAAAAAAAAAAGAAAAGAGAAAAAAUAUAUAGACAAAAAAGCUUGGUAUAAUAGACCUGCCCUGGUGCAAUUAAUGGGCAUUGUCUGAAACAACUUAAUGAUAUUGUAAUUAAUUGCCCUUUGACAAAAAUUCUGCUUGACUGUUAGAUGUAGUAGUAGUUCUUAUUUGUUUAAAGAUUCUAAAUGACCAAAAAAUACUAGAAUCUCUAAAGACAAAUAUCCUUUGUGCAGUAUUUCUUGCCCAGGGCAAUAUGUCAUUGAGUUCCAAGCUUAGUGAAUUUUGUAGUGUAAAGACUGAAACAUCAUUGAAGAAAGGUUGAGGCUGUUGUAUUCGGCCUGUGUCUAACCAAAGCAUAUUUUACUCAAGCGAUAAGGAAGUAGAAAGUAAUAAUCAGUGCCUGGGUGGACAUAGAGGUCAAAGCAGGACUUGUUACUGCCUGGCCUGCCAAAACAGAAAAGCUGUGAAUAUUACCAGAUACCUAAAUGACCAAAGUGUUUGGGAAAUAGGGCUGUAUGUCUAAGAGAUGCAUAAUGAUUCCUAAUGCUCAAAGAAAGGUCUUACCUCACACAACUAGCAUUAUCUCAAAGAUGACUGUAAAUACUUAACUUAUUAUGGCCAUAAGUCCACCACAAUGCAAUCAAAACAGUCCUGCCUUAUGAUAACAUGGACAACCAUAGAGAAAUUAAUGGGUGGAUAAACUUUGAGGAGCACAAGAAAGGCAUCAUGGUGUAAAGAAAUGCUCAUUUCACAAUGAUUGUAAAAUGGAAUCACAAGUGUGAGUUAACGGCCAGAAUAAAUACAUAUGGGCCACUGGUAUCGUGGGCUGGGCGCCGUAAACCAGUGCAUUGUUAGUGACUAGUAUCCAAGCAGGAUUGUCUGUGAUAAUGAGUAACAGAUUGAAUGUACUUCGUAAUUGGAUAUUUAUGCCUUUUAUUAUUAACACUUGUUUCAGCACAGGUUGGUGCUGUUAAUUUCAAUAAUGUAAAUAGGCAGUGGUGUUGUACAAGCUGGGUGGGUUUGGCCUCUUCCACGCCCUGACUUGCUGUUUCCCAGAGGCUCUCAGAGUAGUAGUGUACAGUAAUGUUGAUUGUACACCUGUGUACAUGUUGCCUCAUGCACCUGAAGCCAAAUUGUAUAUAAAUAGUGUGUCAGGUGACUCCUAGAUUUGGGGGUAAAGGCUCGGUAACAGCAUCUCAGUGGCUUUCGGGGCCCCCUCCCUCUCCCCUCCCCGCCCCUCCCCCCACUGCUCUCAUGUACAGACUCUAGGUUAUGUGUACAGUGAGACACAAGUUUUACACCUCGUGACUGUUUAUACAAGUUAAGUAUUUUCCCCCUGAUGCAGCCACCUCCAAUCUUCAUGCAAAUGGAGGGGGUUGUGGUGUAAAAUAUUUCUGGCAGUAAAUUCUAUUGUUUAUUUUGAGACUAACUAUAAAAAACAUAAAAAUCAAGUAGCAUCUAAGGGUAGAUAGUUUAAAGAAAGUAUUUUACAAAUGGAACAUUUGUACAAGGAGUGUAUUUUAAAAAAUGGUUAAUAACCACAAGGGAAGAUGGCAGAAACCUUCCAACGGCAAGUAUCGGCUUCUCUCGUCCCUGGGCCUCAGAGUCUGGCAGUCAGGCAGCUAUCUCUUCCCAGAGCCCUCGGCCAUUGCUGUCUUUGCUGUCCGCCUCGCCGUAAACAUGUUGUACUGAAUCCCGCCAGAAUGUCUUGGUACUGCAGUCCUCAUAUUUUGUCUCUCGCAGCAUGACAAAACUUUGCGAGGAGUCCAUCAGUUGAAGCAUUGCAGUGACUAUGGAACAUUAGAGGAAUGCAACAUUUUUUUUGCGAUGGUUAAGACACAAAUUCACGCAGCCUACAAUAAUAUGGGAGUCAUGCCUAAGGGUGCCCAGGUGGGUCGAAAGGGAUUGAGAAUGAAGACAAACUUAAUGCACUUUUAUGCAUUCUUCUGAGGUUGGGACAGCCUUACGCCAGCCAGGGUGUGUGUGGAGCAAUCUAUUUAUGUGCGUCUCGUUAUUUCUGACCUGCCUACCUGUCGACCUGUCUACUAAAAUGGAGUGUGUGGAGAUUUACAGUUGUGUUUACAUUUUUAAGGAGUAGGGUUUUUACAGUGAAAUUUUAUAUGUACUAUUUUAUUUCUGAACAACUUCUGACUCUAUGCAGUAUUUUAGACAAAAGAGUAUUUGCUUGUGUAUCAUCAGGUAAUGAAGUGACUCUGAUACAUGAAAGGCAAAGCUAACGUUGAUUCUCAGUCCAUUUAACAAAGGAAAUUCUAAUUAGUCAUUAUUUUUUACAAAUCUUCUUUUGUAUGGAAAAUUACAAAUUGACUCUGCAAUAACCAAGUUGACUAGAUGCAAUCACAUUUUUAGUAUUUGAGAUAAGAUAUGUAUAUUGUAGACAGAUUACAGGUCUUAGGCUGCCAUGGGGCUAGUGGCAGCUUCCCUCCUCUUCUUGCUCAACAGCUCUUCUGGUUUUACUCCUCUCUCUUUGCUCAACAACUGUCUGUCUGUCUGUCUGUCUCAUAUUACCGUUUUGUUUGAAGACUGACAAAUCAAAAGAAGUCCUUGAUAACAAGUAGUCUGAUAUUUUUACACAAAAUGUUACUUAGACUGUUCAUAUUAUAUUGAUCAUUAUUUUUGUUUAUUGUUUGUAAAUACUAUGGAAAUGCUUUUAUCAUCGGACGCCAGUCAGUUUUCUCUAGUUAAGUCAGUUCAAAUUUGUCAGUGCCCCAUUGCGUUACCUACUCUGCUACAGUGGCAUGUGACCCAAGCCACAGAGCAGUGAGGAAAAAAUGCCUUUAUUAUCUGUUGACUUUUUAAAUUACGUUGUGCAUGAUUUUGUAGGUGAUUAACACAGCCUCCUUGAUAAUUGUCAGAUGUUUAAUGCUGCUGCACAACUGUUAUCUAUUUAUUUAUUUAUUUUUUUUUUUUUUUCUUAUAUCAUUAUUAUUAGUUUUUUGUUUUUUUGGAUGAACUCCCUCCACUCUUUUUUCCUGUGUAUUGUUAGUUGUGGGUAGCUGCUCUGGCCAGAGUGCUGUAUGAGUGGUGGUGCGAGAAUGACAAGAGUGAAAGUUAGGGGGAGUGAGCUCCAACUCACCCCGCUGUCAUUAUUAUCAUUGGUAUAAAAUACAAUUUUAUGUGUAUAUAA